AAAUGUCGCAUCUUUUUUGAAUAAUCACUUACAUCUCAUCCACAUACACCAACCACUCAGGUCACGCCACGUCGCCAUAUCGGUGGCGGCAAUCAUCUACUCCACCGAAUCACGUUAUUUGCUCCCCCCGGAUAUAAUAAUAUACAAACCCCCCACAGACGCAUAUUAAUUAAUCUGGAAAAGGAAAUUGAGAGACACUGUUUGUGUGAAUCACCGGUGAAAAAAUGAACCACUUGGUCGCCAGAUCACUGAUGCGCCGCGCGGUCUCCGGCGGUAACUGCCGCCGGUACGUGGCGGCGGCGUCGGGGACGUCCGGCGUGCAGAUUGAGGGUUUGAGCGCGGCGUUGGUAGGGUGGAGGCGGAUGAUGAGUUCGGCAGCAGAGCCUACGUCGUCGCCGCCAUCGGUGGAGAAGAAGAUGAACAACAGCGAGUUGCAGACGGAGAAGGCGGAGAAAGGUGGUGCGGUGGUUUCGAGCUAUUGGGGAAUUUCGAGACCUAAGAUUAAGAGGGAGGAUGGCACAGAGUGGCCGUGGAACUGUUUCAUGCCGUGGGAAACUUAUGCGGCAGACUUGUCAAUUGAUCUCCACAAGCACCACGUUCCAAAGACAUUCAUGGACAAAGUAGCAUUUCGGACUGUGAAACUUCUUAGAAUCCCUACAGAUGUGUUUUUCAAGAGGCGGUAUGGUUGUCGUGCAAUGAUGCUGGAAACAGUGGCUGCUGUUCCUGGUAUGGUGGGAGGGAUGCUGUUACAUCUGAGAUCUCUGCGCAAGUUCCAGCAAAGUGGGGGGUGGAUAAAAGCAUUGCUUGAAGAAGCUGAGAAUGAGAGGAUGCACCUGAUGACGAUGGUGGAACUUGUGAAGCCCAAGUGGUACGAGCGGCUGCUGGUCCUCACUGUUCAGGGCGUCUUCUUCAAUGGAUUCUUCGUGAUCUACAUGGUGUCCCCGAAACUGGCCCAUAGGAUUGUGGGUUAUCUAGAGGAAGAGGCCAUACAUUCGUACACUGAGUACUUGAAGGACAUUGAAAGCGGUGCAAUAGAAAACAUUGCAGCUCCUGCCAUUGCAAUCGACUACUGGAGACUUCCCAAAAAUGCAACUCUCAAGGAUGUUAUCACUGUCAUCCGCGCUGAUGAAGCUCAUCACCGCGAUGUCAACCAUUUUGCUUCUGAUAUCCAUUUUCAGGGGAAGGAGUUGAGGGAGGCACCAGCUCCUGUGGGAUAUCACUAAAUCUAAAUGUUAAUUUCUCGUGCUCAGAUAAAUAGUUGAAAACAGUAAUGUGAAUAAUGUUGGAUUGGUUAUACAGUGUGUGUGUUUUCGGUUCAACUAAUAGCCUUGCCAUUUUACUUGUGUUUGGCAUCUGGCUUCAUAAGAAGAGAUCGAAAUUAUUGGACGAGUAUUAGUUGCUCAUCACAUAUAAUUCUUACUGGCUAUUGCUUGUUAUUCUUUAUAAAAGGAUUCAAUAGUUAUUAUUGUUA